UGCAGCAUUCCUGAAUCCUUAUCGAAUUGGAAGAAAUGAAUAAGGAAGAGAAAGAUGUCAAAAAGGAAUUAGAAUCAGCAGAAGAAGAAGAUGAAGAAGAGAAGAUAGAGAGGUUCUUCGCUCUGAUCAGAAGCUUUCGAGAUGUUCGUGAUAGUGCUCGUAAACGGGAACUCAACAAUGACACAAAGAAGAAAGAUAAGGAGGCGGAGAAGAAAUCUGGUAAGUCCCUCUGGGUUCCCUCUUUUAAAAGGGAAGAUUUUGCAGAGCAGAUUGAAUUCAAAACCCCUUCUUUAAUCCGCUCUAGUUGUAAUCGUGAAGGAGAUGACAACAUUAUGAGGAAGAAGCAGAAAAAAAAUCACAAAGAAAAAGAAGAAGAAGAAGAAGAAGAUCAAGGAGUCAGAUUGAAUCUACAACUUGCCCUGUAACCGAACCUCCUCGAUCUGUGUAUUACUGUAGGGAGUAGGAAUGUAGGUUAGAGGUG